AUGCCGCGAACGCCUGCGUCGGCUGCUAAAAAACAGCAGUUGACUCUUGGUCAACUGGCUGCCUACGAUGACAUCCUAACCGAUGCGCUCGUUGACCACACUUUCUACUGGACGGUCAUUCCGAAAAACCGAAACUCAUACCACCCGUCGCGAGGGGUCAAAGAGGAAGAGAUCACCAAGACGAUCCAGGGGCACCUCAUUCUCGAUCCGGACCUCGCAACGGCCGAGGAGAAGCUGCUCGCGACUGCCGGCCUCAAAAAGUUCUUCAAUGGCCUUAAAUCGCCCAAGGAGAGAGAGGAUUUUCGGGGGCAUCUGCGACGGUACAUGUCAAUCUACCUGCCCGACUGCCCCUUCGAGGUCAACGCAACGAACCGGUACACGAUUGUGACCAACGAGGCAAGCAUCACGGCUCGCCGCUACAUCAAGCGCAAUGAGACGGUUAAAUACCUCUCGGGGAUCCAGGUGGUCAUUAGCCCGGAGGAGGAGGCCGAGAUGACGUCGCGGAAGAAGGACUUCAGCAUAAUUGUGAGCAGCAGGAGCAAAUCCACCAGCUUGUUCAUGGGCCCCGCCCGUUUUGCCAAUCACGACUGCAACGCGAAUGCCAGGCUUGUUACGAGAGGCCAGGGAGGGAUUGAGAUUAUCGCAUGCCGAGAUAUCGAAGUCGGAGAAGAAAUAGCCGUUACGUACGGCGAGAGCUACUUCGGCGAGGAUAAUUGCGAGUGUCUAUGCCAGACGUGCGAGAACAAUUUGGCAAACGGCUGGACACAGGCCGACGGCAGUUUGUCCAUCAAAACAAGCAUCGAGGAGGACGGGUCGCAGGGUUACUCGCUCCGUCGACGGAGACGGGACGACAGUGUUGCGGGCGCCGGAUCACGGACCCCGUCGGUCACACCCGACAUCCGACCGCGUGUUCUAAAGCGGUACAAGAGCCAGGUGAUGCUAGGCGACAGGGCAUCGACAACAGACUCGGCUGGUCCCGGGCGAUCCGAGCCCUCUAGUAACCUCCGAAAGCGAAAUAGGGAUAUCACAGCACUUGGCACGCCGCCUAUCACUCCAUCAAAACGACAGAAAACUACUCUCUACGACAUUGUCCCCAUUCCCCUCGGGUCUGCCAAUUCCAGGGGGAGCUCUGUGGCAGAGCUUAGUUGCAGUCCCUUCCCGUCCGAAGGCGGCCAUGGCAACGUUACUGACGUCACGUCCCCUGGAGCGGAAAGUCCUGAACCUCUCGUUCUCUCACCCGACCCAACACCAAUUAAGCGGGUGGCUGAGGUUCUCAAGCGAGAAGAGGGCGCAUUCGAGAUAGAUGUUCAACGAAUUCCUGAGGCUGCCUCGACUACUGCCGAAUCUCAGGCCAGGCGCCUGGCAAUUCUCCCGACAAUAGAGGCGACAGCGCCGACAGAUCAAAGCAACAUGACAAUCACCAUAGCUUCAUCCUCGUCCAUUGUGUUUCAAGCAGCAAAUUCGACAUCUACAGUUCCCGCGGUGGGAGCUUCUCUUCAGGCUUCUGUGGCAGCUAGAUCUAAAGCCUCCAGGAAAUCCGUGAUGAGUGUCACAGAGAUGAUUGACGCAAGCGAUGUUACCAUGAUGGAGGUGACGCCCACAAAGCCUUCUCAGCAACAUGGCCAUAUCGCCCCGGAAACACCGACAUCAGCUGUGAAGUCGAGACAGGAGUCAGCCGGCCGAGAGUCAUCACCAGCUCCCUCUCGCCGGUACCGCGUCCCCGGCGAUUACACGCUCACGCCGCUGCUCCUCGCGGAUCGGGAGACGGCUUGGAUUCACUGCACAAACUGCAACACGGCAUUCGUCCAGAAAGACGCCUAUUACACCAGAGCAAAUUGUCCUCGCUGUGAGCGGCAUUCUAAACUGUACGGCUAUAUCUGGCCCAAGACACAGCCGGCAGGACGGGGUGACGAGGAGCGUAUCCUUGACCACCGAGUCGUUAACCGCUUCUUGGGUCCGGAAGACGAGGCCAAGAUCCGAGGAAGGCAAUACUGGAAGGAUAGAUUGCUUACAGAGAAGGCAUCCUCUCAGUCCCUAGCACAAUACGCGGAGGAGAGAUUCGAGGUGCGGGGCAGGAGCAUGGCGAGGGAGGGUACGAGCGACCAGCACCGGAGCGUGGAUGACGCUGCUGCCCUCGGGCUCCGACGCAGUGGUCGGGCUCGAAGAGCGAGCGCGAAAAUCACGGCCGAUUAA